CUCUCUUCCCUUCUUCAUCCUCUUCAUCCCAUCUCCCCUGUUUCUUCACAGCCUAUUCCUUUCCCGCAUCGUCAUCCAGCACCAUGUUGGAGACCGAUACCUCCAUCAAGCCCACGUCCGACGAGGCGACAGCCCAGUCACCGACUACCCCAACCUCGCCCACUCACUCCAACUCUCGUUACAGUAAGCAUAUUGUGUUGACCACCUACCCCGGCCAAAGUGGCAUCGACCCCAUCCCGCUCGAAUGGGGCGCCCCAGAUGCUAAAUCCCGCGGCCCCGUCGUUGUCUCCCGUAGCUCCGCAUUACUCAAGCGGCGGAAUGCUAUGGGCGCUCAUGGUGGCAGUUACAGCAUCUACAACGCCCUCGCCAUUGCCGCCGGUGAUUUGGAACCGAACUUCCGUCCUGACCUCAGCAACAGUCAACCUACAUUCAACUUCCCAUGGCAGCCUGCCUGGGCCGAUAAGACCAAGAUUGUGUCUAUGGACCCGUGGGGACAUGACAUUGUUAACCAGUUCCGGGACGAGCUAAGCAAGGGCUGGGAUAUCCGCCCCACAAUGGCGGUGACCCGCGCGAACAUGAACUUUGCGGAAAUCGCCGACGCGGUGAAGGAGGGGAAACUUGAUGUGGACGGCUCCAUUGUGGUUGACUCCUCCGGUGAAGUGCGCGUUACCAAAGUCGCCGUCGAACCGGUCUGGUAUCUGCCUGGUGUUGCAGAGCGGUUCGGAGUUGAUGAGGGGACGCUGCGACGGACACUAUUCGAGCAUACGGGCGGAAGUUAUCCCGAGCUGAUCACCCGGCCCGAUCUGAAGAUCUUCCUCCCUCCCAUUGGAGGCCUGACGGUGUAUAUCUUUGGGCCACCGGAGCGGGUGUCCGACGAGAAUGUGAAACUAGCACUGCGUAUUCACGACGAAUGCAACGGCAGUGAUGUCUUUCAAUCGGAUAUUUGCACAUGCCGACCGUACCUUGCCUUUGGUAUUCGGGAGGCGAUUCGCGAAGCCCAGAGUGGAGGUAGUGGAGUGGUCAUCUACUUCCGAAAGGAAGGUCGGGCCUUGGGUGAGGUGAUCAAGUACCUGGUCUACAAUGCCCGCAAGCGCGGCGGCGACACUGCCGACAAGUACUUUACGCGGACGGAGAACAUUGCCGGUGUUAGAGAUAUGCGCUUCCAAGCGCUGAUGCCAGACAUCUUGCACUGGCUCGGCAUUAAAAAGAUCGACCGCAUGCUAUCCAUGUCCAACAUGAAGCACGACGCCAUCGUCGAGUCGGGAAUCAAGAUCCUGGAGCGUAUCCCGAUCCCAGACGAGAUGAUCCCGACGGAUUCGCGCGUCGAAAUCGAUGCGAAGAUCAAUGCUGGCUACUUCACAACCGGGAAGAAUGUCACAGCAGAAGACUUGGCUGCAGUGCGCGGACGCGGAUGGGAGAAGUGGGAGGACAUCACGCACUGAUUGGGGUUUCAACCUACACUUACGACGAACUAUGAGAUCUCGGGUGCAUCAUUAUAGUUUGGUUGGUGACGACGCAUGGCUUGCGCAGCAUUUCGGAUUAUGGAGCGACAUUCACCUGCAUGAGCUAUUAAAUAUAAGAGAUGUAGAAAAUCAAAAAAAGGUCAAAAUGGG